AUGCCACAGCAAAUUAAGAAUUCCAAAAAGUUUGUUUCUCCGGUUAAAAGUACCCAAACUUCUCUUUGGUCCUUUAUUAAAAAGGAACCACCUUCUCCAACUACUGAUUCUGAGGCUCAAGAUUAUAAUAAUAAUAAACUAUCAGACGACACAAGACUGUCUGAUGACCCCGUGACUCCAAAGUCAAUAAAAUCAAGGGUAGGCAAUAAAGACGCAGAAAUUUUUAUGCAAGAAGUUGAAGAGAAAGAAAGUAGUAGCGGUGAGCUGGUAGGCUUAGAAAUUGACACACCUGGAAAAACAUCUAAAAAGGCCAAUAAAAAAAAUGACGAUAACGAGGACGAUGAGUAUAUGGAAGACUUUAUUGAUGACACACUUGAAAAAAACAGUAACGAUGAUAAUGAAAAUGAUUAUGAAAAUGAUGAUAGCGAAGAUUCUCCAAGCAAUUCCAAGAAAGUGACUAGAAAAAAUCAAAAGAAAUACAAACCAUCAAGAGAGAAGUUUAAGUCAUUUGUAUCAACUCGUAACAACAAUUUAGAUUUAACAGAACCAGGAACCAAAAAGAAAAAAAAAAUAGAUCAAAGAUAUGAUUGGCUCAAGAGGGUUCGCGAUGCAAAUGGAAACUUCGAAGGAUCGCCUAACUAUGAUUCACAUUCAUUACUCAUACCAAAGGAAGCUUGGAAUAAAUUUACUCCAUUUGAAAAACAAUUCUGGGAAAUCAAAUGCAAACAUUGGGAUACUAUUGUAUUUUUUAAAAAAGGAAAAUUUUAUGAAUUAUAUGAACGUGAUGCUCUUAUAGGCCAUUCUGAAUUCGAUUUGAAGCUUACUACACGCGUCAAUAUGUGUAUGGCUGGUGUUCCUGAAGCUUCAUUUGAACAUUGGGCUGCAAAAUUUAUUGCUAAAAAUCAUAAGGUUGCUAGAGUAGAUCAAAUGGAAACUGCUCUUGGAAAGGAAAUGAGAGAAAAGGCUACCAAAACCAAGGAAGAUAAAAUAAUUCACCGUCAACUUACAUCAAUUUUUACUUCUGGUACUAUUGUGGAUAGUGGAUUAUUGACCAACGAUAUGUCAACAUAUUGUAUGUCAAUUAAGGAAUAUUGUCCUACUGAAAAUAGUCCUCCAAGCUUUGGAAUUUGCUUUGUUGAUACCUCAAUUGCAGAAUUUAAUUUCACGUCAUUCCAAGAUGAUAUUGAUCGAACUCAUUUUGAAACAUUAAUCAUGCAAGUUAAACCAAAGGAAAUUGUUUAUGAAAAAAAAAUGCUCAGUAAAUCUUCAUUUCGUAUCAUCAACUUAUGUAUUCAUUCUCCAGUAAUAAAUGCCUUGAUUCCUGGAAAGGAAUUCUGGGAUGAUUCUAAAACCCUGGAUGAAUUAAGAUUGUCACAUUAUUUUGUUAACAGGCCUCAAAAUACUUUGAAUGAUAAUGAAGAAGACGAUGAAAAUAAUAUGGAAAUUGAUUAUUCUGUUGAAGGAAAUCGUUGUGAUAUGAAAAAUUGGCCAAAAGUUAUCCAAGAAGCUUGCGAAAAACCUUUGUUAUUGUCUGCAUUUGGUGGCCUUAUUUGUUACUUACGUUUGUUAAAGCUUGAUAAAGAACUUAUAUCGGUUAAAAAUUUCCACAAUUAUGACCCAAUUCAUCAUGCCACAUCACUUAUACUUGAUGGACAAACUCUCGCAAAUCUUGAGAUUUUUGAAAAUAAUAUGGAUCGAAGUGACAAAGGAACUGUUUUUAAUUUGUUGAAUCAUUGUGUCACUCCAUUUGUUGAUAGAAUUAAUGAACGCCUUGAUACUGUUGAAGAGUUGAUGAAAACUCCUGUCUUUGGUGAUAUAUUUUAUGAAAACUUUUCUAAAUUUCCUGAUCUUGAACGUUUGAUUAGUCGAAUCCAUGCAAAAUCAUGUAGAAUGAAGGAAUUUGUAAUUGUAUUAGCAUCUUUUGAGAAAUUAUUGAAAAUCAUGGAUAGGUUACGCGGCUUUGUUGGUGACUUUAGUUCCAUCAAGUUAAUUCAGUUAAUGAACAAGUUGCCAGAUUUAAAAUCAGAACUUUCAUACUUUAUGGAUGCAUUCGAUCAUAAGACUGCUAGUGAAAAAGGUGAAUUAAUACCAGUCAAAGGGAUUGAUGCAGAAUUUGAUAGGAUUAAUGAAGUAUUGAAAAAUAUUGAAAAGCAAUUAGAUGAUCACUUGACAGCCAUGAAAAGAAAAUUAGGAUGUGACAAACUUGUUUACAAAAAUGUUGGCAAAGAAAUUUAUCAAAUUGAGGUACCAAAUAAUACUCAAGUACCAAACAAUUGGCAAAGACUUUCACGUACUCAGAAAGUAUGUCGUUAUUGGAAUGCAGAUCUGAAAAAACUUAUUAGAAGUUUCCAGGAAACUUUAGAAUAUAAAUCUAAUACUCUUAAAUCUCUACAAGGAAAAUUUUACGAAAAAUUUGAUACAAAUUAUCAAGAUUGGUUGCUUUCUGUUAAAAUUGUUGCAGAGAUUGAUUGUUUAUUAAGCUUGGUUAAAAGUUCAUUGGCAUUAGGCGAACCUAGAUGUCGUCCUCGAUUUAUUAAAGAAGGCUCAAGUGUAUUAGAAUUUGAAGAACUGAGGCAUCCUUACGUAGUGACAGGUGUUGCAAAUGAUUUCAUACCUAAUGAUACUUAUCUUGGAGGUAAAGAACCAAAUAUAAUCCUAUUGACAGGCCCUAACAUGGGUGGUAAAUCAACUCUUUUACGUCAGAAUUGUAUAGCUAUCAUUAUGGCACAACUUGGAUGUUAUGUCCCUGCAAGAAAAUGUUUACUGACACCCUUUGAUAGGAUUUAUACACGUAUUGGAGCCAAUGAUAAUAUUUUAGCAGGGCAAAGUACGUUUAUGGUGGAGUUAAGUGAAACUUCAAGAAUUUUGCAUGAAGCCACACCAAGAUCUAUGGUUAUAUUGGAUGAAUUGGGUCGUGGUACUUCUACAUUUGAUGGAUAUGCCAUUGCCUAUUCUGUUUUACAUUAUUUGGCCACAUAUAUUGGCUGUCUGGGAUUAUUUUCUACUCAUUAUGGAAUGCUAACCAAAGAAUUUUCCAAUAACCCAAAUAUUGCUCUUAAACAUAUGAGCUGUCAUAUGAAUCAAAAACUUAGGGAAGUUACGUUUCUUUAUAAACUUGUUCCUGGUGUAUGCCCAAAAUCAUAUGGAAUGAAUGUUGCUAGUAUGGCAGGAAUUCCAAAUCAGAUUGUGGAACGUGCAGAAGUUAUUGCCAGGAAAUUUGAAGAAUCUUCAAAGUUUAAUAAUACGUUGACAGCCAAUGGUUCAGAUAUACAAUUAUCCACUCAAAGUGAUUUUGUAUAUUUGUUAAGAUCAAUUCAAAAAGUUAAACCCGUUAUUUCAGACGUUGGUGAUAGGGCAACGGAUAAUCAAACAGAGCAUGAAAAAGAAAAGAGAGAAACUAGAAUCCUAAAGGCAUUAAUUUGCGGCAUAAAAAAGUUGUAG